AUGAAGAAUUACCCACAAAACUUAAGCAUUCAAGACACAAAUGACUAUUCAGAUUUCUACAAUGAUAUUAUUGAAGCCGUCAAAAAAUUUGAAGAUAAUGUUCAAAAUCCAACAAACCUUUCAGAAUUCUUCUUCAAAUUGCUUCCUUAUACAGCAAAUAUCAUUGGUUUACAGUUCUGUGACGAGUUUAUUCAAACAUUCGGUCCCAGACAGCAAAGAAGUCUAUACGCACGUCUGAAACUGUUUCAUCCUUAUCCGCUUACAUAUAAUUGGAUUGAAGAACUUCAAGAACACGGAAAGGAACAACAUUUCAAGUUCUAUGUAGAUGUUCCUCAAGGAAAGCUUGCUAAGACAUUCACAAUACAACCAAAACAAUUCUAUGAAGACUUUCUUCACGUAAUUUCAACUAUUGCUAUGGUUGAGCCUGAAAGGGUUACAUUCGGUCAAAGUGUUUCUCUAUAUAAUGUUCGUCAAGGACUUGAGCCGCUUAAAAUAGCCGAGUUUACCUCCUCCUCAGCACAGCUCAAAUUGGACUGCGAAUUCCAAUUUGUUGGAAACUCCAAGUUCUCUCUCCAUACACCAUUCAACCAACACAUCCGUAUCUUCAUUGCCGGAUAUGUUGGAGACCCUAUAACAAAUGAUGAUGAAGAAGAAAUUUCAGAAGAAGAGGAGAAGGAAAGAAGCGAAGACUAA